UGAAGACCGUGUGCAGACUCCCUCCAGCUAUGUGCGUCUAUCAGUUAGCCAAUCCGUGGCACCAGUCUGACUCAGUGAGUCGCUUUAAGACUAUCAGUGCCAUGGCACCAUCACAUCCUCCGACCACUGGAUCCUCCGCGCUUUCGUAUUAGUGACAGUGCGCCACUAGGGGAAUCAUUUUACGCACGAACAACCGAUCGGCGAGCCUCAGUCCUCCUGUUGCGCCAUGGAGAACUCCAGCCUGUUGGGUGGCGACGCACAAAACGCUGGCUUUUUCACUUUGAAGCAAGUUGUGGAUUCUCCAGAGGACACCGCCAUGGCUGGAUUAGUUCGUGCCAUAUUCCACGAAGCCAGCAAAUUCAGGACUGCCGUUGUUGCUGACUUCAUGGCCGCUCCGCCGACGGAAUCCCCUCACCUGAUGCCUGCCUUUUGGGAUUCCCCGCUCAGUCACGGAAUCAAUGUAUUUGUGGGACUUGUUCUUUGCUUCACGAUGCUGGGGCUGGGCUGCACGGUGGACGUUAGCCAGCUCGGAGAACACAUCCGCAGACCCAUCGGGGUGCUGCUGGCACUGGUGUGUCAGUUUGUUAUCAUGCCCUUGGUGGCCUUUCUGUUGGCUUUAGCCUUCUCUCUGGAUGAUGUGGCAGCGAUGGCUGUUCUCCUCUGUGGCUGCUGCCCGGGAGGAAACUUAUCAAACAUCAUGUCUCUGCUGGUGCACGGGGAGAUGAAUCUAAGCAUCAUCAUGACUAUAUCCUCAACCCUGCUGGCGCUCGUGCUGAUGCCGCUGUGUUUGUGGAUCUACAGCCGAGCCUGGAUCAACACACCUGUGGUGAACCUCAUGCCGUUCGGGGCCAUCAUCCUGACCCUGUGCAGCACUCUCAUCCCCAUUGGUUUAGGAGUUCUGCUGAGGUACCGCUACACGCGUGUGGCCGACAAAGUUUUAAAGGCUUCUCUGUGGUCUCUCCUGGUCACCCUCGUGAUGCUCUUCAUCCUAACCGGAGCAAUGCUUGGGCCGGAUCUCCUGUCCACCAUCCCGCCCUCAGUCUACGUGGUGGCUGUCCUGAUGCCCCUGUGCGGCUACGCUGCAGGCUACGGCCUGGCCGUGCUCUUUGACCUGCCUCCAAACUGCCGCAGGUCAGUCUCUCUGGAGACGGGAUGCCAGAACGUGCAGCUGUGCACUGCCAUCCUGAAGCUGGCUUUUCCACCUCAGCUGAUGGGUGGGAUGUACAUGUUCCCUCUGCUGUACGCCCUGUUCCAAGCGGCAGAGGCCGGCAUUUUCAUCCUGGCCUACAGGGUGUACAGGAAGAAGGUGCUGCACAAACCAGACCCCAUAAAGGACGGCGAGGAUAUAGGAUAUCAAAGGUUUGAAGAUGAGGACUUUGACGCAUCUUACGGUGCCGUGACAGUGAGUGACCCAAACACCAUCAUGUUGGACCCCUGUCCUCCUGACCCAACUCCUGUUUGAGGUGCAACCUGCAAGUGGAUCCAUCAUGAAUUAAAAAACAGAGACUAUGCAGGGAAAUCCAGAAUGUUUAUCACUGAUCCGACUGCUGAAAAAAAAGGUGCUUUAUGUCAUUUAUUUGCCCAACAAAGUCAUGUCAAAUAUAUGAUGAACGUUUGAAAUCAUUGCUGUGUCACAUGUAAAAGCUUCAGUCUGUGAAAAGAACAUUAAACCAUCAAAAGCAUGACAGCAUUUAGUUUCAAGGUGCUUUAAAACUGGAGAGGGCAAAAAAAAAAA